GGAGAGACAGAGACAGAGACGGAGAGGGAGUGUAGUACACACUCAAUCUCUGCGAGAGAGCGACAAAGAGGAAAAGGAGGAAGACCCGUACAAUUCAGAGAGCAAAUCGGAGGAUAGGACAAAAAAAGAAUGAAUGCUGAGGAAGAAAAAUCUUGAUCUGGAAGCGAUACCAAAAAGCUUAAAGAUCAUAAUCUUUGUUUGUGCUUUAAUAUUUUUACCAGUUUCUCCAGAUGCCACGUGGACACUGGAAGCUUAAAAGUCACCGAGAGUUGGUAGCCCUAUAUGCCAUUUGAACAAAAUGAGCGGACAAACUGUAUGUCUAAAACUUAAGGACUACUUUCACCAGGUUCUGGAGCAACACUGACAAACAACUGUGUCUGUAUCUUCUGGUUAAAACUAACAUCAGAUUGCUUGUAUUGUGGACUGUUAUUGUGGUUACUGUGGUCCAUGUGACAUGCUAUACGCCUGCUGCUCAGCUGAAGGCAAAAUUAUACUAACUGAACUGGACAGGAUGCUGACUUUCUCAAAAACAUCCUCCAGCCUGCGGCAGUAACCUAACUCUUGAUUUAAGACCUCUUCUGUUCUAUCCCAGAGGUCAGAACUGCAAAACAACACCAACUAGAGAAAGGAUGGUGCACAGAAGGAUUGGGCUCAGCCUUGAGGAUGGAACAAAAACAAUUGCUUUCCCUUUGAUGGCUCGAAUGACCGCCCCUCCAACUCUCUCUACCUGAGAAUGGACUAAAAUCUGGGGCAGCACUCAAAAUUCAAAUAACAGCCAAACAAGAGUUAUGAGAUGGGAUAUUUGGAGUAACUGCUGGCUACCUUAAGGAUAGGAACACCUAACCAAGACGUCCUGACAACACAAUGCUGUGCACUCAAGGUGGGGCCGCACCCCUAAUGCUGAGCUCUUUUCUGCUGCAGCUAGUCAGAGCCAAUCUCCCUUCUGGUUGCCUGAUUGCAUCCGAUAUCCUGAGCUGCACCAACCUCGGCCUCAACCAAGUCCCGGCAGAGUUGCCUAGAAUGGUGGCAACACUGGACUUCAACCACAACCGCUUAGAACGUCUUGAGGCGGGUAGCUUUGCUGGUCUGCCCAAUCUUGAUACCAUACGGUUAGCCCACAAUCAGCUGAGCAGACUCACUCCUGGAACCUUCCGGAAUACAAGCAACAUACGCCAUCUGGACCUUUCCUCCAAUCAACUGAACAUUAUAGAGCAGCACUACUUUCAAGAGUUAGUAGGAAUCAAGGAGUUACUCCUUUACAACAACCAGAUAGUGAGGGUAGAAAGCAAAGCCCUGAUUGGUUUGAGUAACCUACAGAAGGCCUACCUGAGCCAUAACAGACUGACAGAUUUCCCCUUCUUUUCUAUUCAAGAACAUCCCAAUCUCACUACUCUGGAUCUAAGUUCGAACCGUAUGCCCAACCUUCCUGUCAAAGACAUCGCAGCUCUGAAGGAAAAGGUACAGAAAGGGUUGUUCCUGCACAACAACAGCCUAAUUUGCGAGUGCUCCAUGUACAGCCUGUUUAAACAAUGGGAGUACAGAGGCUUUACCGCAGUAACAGAUUUUCGGGAAGAGCACACGUGCUUGCUUUAUGGUGAGCAACGUGCUAUGGUUCGUUUUCUCAAGCAUGUACGAUACUUUGAGAACUGCACAGUAAAACUUCCAACGAAGAGAGUUAGCAUGGAAGCAGACGCUGGGAAUUCAGUGAUGCUGGAUUGUAUAACAUCUUUAAAGGGAAAGCAUCUCAACUAUUCGUGGGUAUCCCCAAGUAGGGAAUACAUUGCUCCUCCUGGUAAUAGCAAUACGCUGAGAAUGUAUUCAAAUGGUUCUUUGGAAAUCUUGGUGGCACAAGAGAACGACUCUGGGGUGUACUUGUGCAUGGUCCAUAACCAUCAAGAGUCAUGCAAUGAUUCUCUUGAAGUUAAUGUAACUGUGCAGCAGCCCAGUCAAGAGAAAGAACCCUUUAACACUGGCUUUACAACCUUGCUGGGCUGCGUUGUCAGCCUGGUUUUGGUCCUUAUGUACCUCUACUUGACACCCUGUCGCUGCUGGUGUCUACCAGCAAAACCAAGCCCUGUGAACGAAUGCAGUGCCCAGUCGUCUAUCCUGACACCAACGCCACCUGCCACUACGGAGGGCCCCGGCCGCAAGGUCAGUAACAACAAGCAUGUGGUCUUUCUGGAACCCAUCAAGGAGGCACAGAAUGGGAGGCCGCGGGCAGCACUGGCCCUUGAGCAUCCCAAGCUGGCAGUAACACGGAGCGAUGCUGACUCUGUCACUUCCGUCUUCUCAGAUACCACUAUUGUGCCAUAGCGGAUGCUUACCGACAUCCCAACAAACUGCUCAAAUGAGCACGAGGGUCCUUCAAUGUGGCAGUCUGCAACUGCACAGCUACUCAGGACAGAUCAGGGACAGGGCUUUACAAGCCCAUAUCAGUGAGCAGAACAGAGCAGGAAAGCAUAUACAAUAAGAGAGAAGAAAGAUAUAAAAAUAAAAAGGCAAAAGCUGGAGCCAUGUGCUCCCAAGAAUCACCUUUAAGGCUUGACUCAGCCAUGGCGUUAUGAGAGGAAGGAAUUGGUUUGAAACUACAAAAGCUGAAAAGGCUAAAAAGCUUUCCCUUUACCACUGCUUGAGCCUUGAUAGAUUCAUAGUUAUGAAUUCCUUGUCUAGAGCCUAUAACCAACUGAAUACUGCAUAAACCCUACUCUACUCUAGAAAAAGCAUGAAUGAUAUGGAGGAAAAUGACAAGUGCAUAAUAGAUUUAUGUUUUUUUACAGAUAUAACUAGGAUGUUGAUUUUUUUGAUGUCCUUUGUAUCCCUGUGUUUCAGACUGGCAAUUUGGUGAUUAGUUAACAGCAGUAAUUAAUUUGCCUACUUUGCAAAUGUAAGGGUUUUGGCCAGAGAAAAUGCAUCUAUAAAAGUAGAGAUUGUUUAUUUAAAGAAAUUGACAUGCAAUCCUGCAAAGUGGUGCUUCUAACCCAUAUGAAUGUGGAUAUCAUGCAGAGGUCACAUCUCAUCCUUAGUACGACUAUAACUUGAAAUGGAUCAAUUUUUAUGAAAUGGAAUCUGUGAAAAAGUACUUUUUGCCCCUCCCUAAGCAUUCCAUGUUUCCCCUUGUCACCCACCCCUCCCUUUCCACAAAUCCUUACUUUGUCAGCUUCUUAAUAAAUCCUUUUGCUUCGACCCCAGA